AUGGCUGCCCGCAAUAGGCCCAGGGGAGGCCAGCUCAAAGAAGAAUUUGACGAGGAAAGGUCUAUCUGGAAUUCCAUCAAGGCGGACGGUCGUCGUGUUGAUCAACUCAUGACAUCAUGUGGUCCUCAAAGAAUAUCCCAAAGUACUUUGAUAAGGGAGCUCAAGAAUGCAGAAGGAUUCCAAGCACAAGAGCACGACAUACCAGCACAAGAGAAGAGCAGAAUCUGGGAAGAUAUCAAUACAUCAGGAAGGAGAAUCGACGCUCUGAUGAAAGAAUCCGAUGCGCUGCAAGAUAAAAUUCUGGACCUCACUGCACAGCAGAAGGCCCGCAUUGAUCGAGGUGAUGAGCCCUCUUCCCGCAUCGACAACGAACUAGAGCAAGCUCUUCGUGACAACAUUCGCAAUCUCAACGAAGCACAGACUCUCCUCCAAGCUGUUGACGGUGGUAAUGACAUCUCCACACAAAUCGGCAUUCUCUCCGCCCUACGCGCAUCACCAGAACUCUCAUCCGCAUCCCGGGCCACCAGCGUCGGCGGCGGAAAAGCCGGCCGCGAGCGCCAGGGAAAGCGAAAGCUGACUGAUAGCAUUGACGACCGCGAGAGCGUCGCUGCAGAUAGUCCCGGCGGCCCGAGCCCUAAGGUGAUUAUCAGCAGUCAAAAGGACAGACUAGUGGCCAAAUCGAACAGCAGCCGCGCGGGCUCAGUGCCCGCUGCACGCGAGGGUAGUGUCAAAAUGGACGACGACAAAGAUGAUCUUGGUAAGGAGUCCCGUCCCCGCCUCUCCCCCCAAACCGAAGUCCUCUACCGCAACAACGCCAAACACCGCUCCUCCAGCAGCUCCGCCUCCUUCGAAGGCGAAGGCAUCCUCUGCCGCGUCACCUCUGUCAUCGGCGAAGGCAAACAACGCCGCUACGAAAUAAUCGACGCUGAUCCCGACCCCCCCACCCCCUCGGUCCCCUACCGCGCCUCUGUAAACCACCUCAUCCCCAUCCCCCCGCCCAGCACUAAUACAACCCUGCCCGAUCUGCACAAGGGGAAAAACGGUCGCGGAUUGGAAGGUCAAGAGGGAGGAGGCGGGCAAGGAUGA